AUGGAUGAGUCGUUUAUACUAUCCAAGUUCAACCAACUCGUCCAAUCCGGCGUCGUUCUCUAUGAUGAGAAUCAAAGAAUCAUCAAACAUGUUGAAAAAGACCUAAAUUUUCAAUUCUGCUUGACAUCGGCGCUGUCAAAGAAACCAACUUUUCAAAAUCCCAUCUCUGAAAGCAACUCUGGGCCUCAGGAGAAGCCUCGUGAAGGGAGUGACAUCAGCACCGCUGGUUUUGAAAUUGGCAAAGUGGGCAAUGCGCACCUGCUGGUUGCCAACAAGUUCUGCUGGGCCAACCCGCAUUUCCUCCUUGUCACCGCGGACCCCUAUCAACGACAGUACACGCCUUUGGACAAAACUGAUCUUCAUGCGAUGUGGUCAGUCUUGAAGACGAUGAGCUCUGAUUACGUUGCGUUCUUCAAUUGUGGUCAGGAUGGCGGCUGCAGUCGAAUGCACAAACACACGCAAUUGAUCCCCACGCCCAAGGGCACAUUGGCCUCGUUCCUAGACAUGGAUGGAGAAGCAUCUGAACCUGCGAUUCCAUUUCGGUGGUUCUAUUGCAAAUUUAAGUCCUCAAAUGUUACGGAACAGGACCUACAAAGCACGUAUGCUGCGUUGCUAGAACAAGCCACCCAGGUGGGCGCGGGACUCUCAGAGCAUGCGCAGGAGGCACCGCCGGGCGCCGCAUGUCCACAUAAUAUGAUCAUGACGAGACGGUGGAUGAUUGUGAUUCCUAGGCGCCGAGCGGCGCUGAGCAAGGCGGUAGCUACCAAUGCGUUGGGGAUGCUUGGAUAUUUUGCCGUUGCCACUGAGGACGAGGUGGAUGAAUGGAGAAGGCAAGGCGUCACAGAUGCUCUUCGGAAGUUUGGAGUGUCCACCUGA